AUGGUCGUGAUUCCAGGAGGUUUGACGCCCUACCUCCAGGCGGGAGAUGUUGGGAUCUACAAGCCCUUUAAGGACAACCUGUGCAAGAUCAUCAAUGAGUGGAAGCACUCGGACCAGACGCCAGACUCUGUCGUCGCGAAAAGCGUUUCGAUCUGUGGUUUUAGCGAUGACCCUACUUCGUGGCACAUUGCACGUCACGACGUGUACGGGACCAAGUUUCGAAUGGCUUGGGAACUGCGUAGCCACGACGGUGCCGAAGAUGACAGCGGAAGCUUUGACGACUGUGAAAGCUACGAGCACAUCAUGGAGACGCUGGACGACAUCGUCAUUGAGGAUUAA